CGUCCUAGUCUCACUUGCCGUCAGCGCCAUCUGAAAUGUGACAAAACUGGAACUGAAUGCUUACGCUGCCAACGAUCGGGAAGGCAGUGCAUUCCUGCGCCCGCGAAGCCGGAAGAGGUCACAUUUCGACACGGCCAGAAUCCGUCCUUACGGCAAAAGGGCCCUCCUCGUUACGGGGAGAGCGACUUGUCUUUUCCAGAUGAUCAAAUCUGGGUUCAUACGCCUUCAGAAGUUGCCUUUGAGGACGAGACAGAUCGGACAGCUGCCGACUACCACGUUGUUUCAUCCGCAGCAUCGCCUUCAUAUUUGAGAGAAGCGUCUGAAAGUCAGUCGUCAGCUUCUAUGCCCCCUCAUUCCCGGCUCGCUCUCUCGCGAGCGGCUGUCUCGCCCGUUGACCCGGGCGCAUCGAGGGGACCGACAGCAGCUGAAUCACGGUUGCCCGUGCUAAAUCAUCUCUAUUCAUCCGAAAUUCUCGGUGAUAAUCAAAAGCUGAAUAAUUUUAACGAAGCCUUUCUGUUAAGACAUUUCAGGAAUACCCUAGGUGCAUGGAUGGAUGUAUGUGAUCACGAGAGGCAUUUUUCUACCACGGUCGUCGAACGAGCCACGUCGUGUGCUCUCUUGCUAUAUGCCUGUCUUGCCAUCGCCGCUCGUCAUCUCUCACACACCACCAACACCAUCCCAUCAAAUGCGGCAGACGGAUACCACGAACGUUGUAUCGCAAUUCUUCUCCCGGUCCUCGAAAACAGUGAUUUCAAAAUCAGCAUCGAGAUCCUUCUCGCUUCAACCGUCAUACUUCGAUUCUUCGAGCAAUUAUCUUCACAUACUCCAUCCAGUGAUCUCCAACGACACCUACUUGCAGGUUCAGUGUAUAUCAGUUCACACGUCGACUGCGCCAUCUCCGGCGGCCUGGCAGAGGCCUCGUUCUGGGUUUUCGUCAAACAAGACAUCCAAUUUGCCCUCCUGUACCGAAAUCCGCUUCGAUUGACCAUCAGUCCGUUUGAAGAGAAACUACGACAGCGAUGGGAGCAGACCACCGUGCAGAGUGACCGAGACUGGUCCCAUAAAGCGAUCUGGUUGCUAGCAGAAACGAUAAACUACUGCUACGGAGCCACACAUCCGCUCCAUAUGGACACGAUCGAUGGAGAGGCGCUAAAACGGAAGAUUUGUGCCUGGGAGGCUGAAAAGCCGGACGGUUUUAAGCCGUUGCAUUUUUCACCGGCCAACCCGAGUAUCGGCAGGCCGUUUCCUCUUGUUUGGUUUACGAGUUCAGCUCACGCGACGGCGGUACAGCACAUCUGUAUGACUAAAGCAUUGAUUCACCAACAUGAACUACAAACGAGGGGACCGGCAGAACUCGGCCUCGAAGCGAAUCAGAUAUCGGACGAGGUGAUAAAAAACUUAGGCAUCAUUUUCGGCAUUGCUUUAUCUGCCGAGGACGAUCCACCCGUGCGCAUAAUGGCCUGCCACGCCCUCUGUGCCUGUGGUUCCUGCAUUCGCGAUCCUCUGGCACAAAACACCCUACUCGAUCUCCUCCGUCGCACAGAGGCCGACAACGGCUGGCCUUGGAGUUUUGCCAUGCAGAAGUUCAGUCAGGAUUGGCACACACCACGAUGACGAUCCCUGCCUCACUCUACCCGCCCUACCUUCCCAUCUACGACCAGAUCAAUUGAUUUAAUUUAUUUGUUAUUUUUUCUUCGUCGGGGACUUUCCUUGCAUAAAGGCAAAAAGGCAACCGUGGCACGGAGAGACACAGAGACAGAGACAGAGAGGCAGGAUGAACGAACCCACGUACCCCGUCAGCCCCAGUCUGGAGCAUACCUCGACCUAUCCUACCCGAUAUGGAGGUUACCCCGAUCCAACCAGAAGAGCAGAUCGAUCAGCAGUUCGAGAAC